UACGCCAGGAAAUAUCCGAUGAAAUUCUUGCAGGGUAAGGUGAAAGAAGCACAUCAGAUGCUCUCCUAUGUCACUAUGUCUCCUCCAGUUAUUCGGCGCAGCUUGGUCAUAAGAGUUCUUACUACCGAAGGACGUCUUGAUGAUGCUCUGGACGAAUUAGAGAAGUGCCUUCAUGAGGAAGACGUUAUUUUCAAUUCGGAAAACAACUGUGUUAGCAAUGAGGCGGUGAGAUUAUGCUGUCUUCAUAUAGGGAUGAAAAGGUUUCGUGCCUUACAACGGAUUAUCACUGACUAUAAUAGACGUAGUUCAAAAUCUAUUGAUGACCUACUACAUUCUCCUCUCCAUGUGACCUCAACCGAAGAAGAUUUUGUUGAUGAAAAGACUGAUCAUCUAAAGAAAAUAAAGAAAAAUAAGCGACGAUAUCGACCCGUAAUUUAG